GCAGAGGGGGCGGUGCAGCGGCCGGGCUGCGGGGAGCUCGGAGAGCCCCUCAGGAGGCGGAGCUCGGCGGCCCCGGGCCCGGCUCCUCUGUCAGCACCAGCCAAGAUGGCGGCGCGGAGGCCCCGCACCGCCUCAGAACAUGAAAGUGACGAUGAUUCCUAUGAAGUGUUGGAUUUAACAGAGUAUGCCCGGCGGCACCAUUGGUGGAACCGCGUGUUUGGCCGCAAUUCGGGACCAAUUGUAGAAAAAUACUCCGUCGCUACCCAGAUCGUGAUGGGCGGCGUGACUGGCUGGUGUGCGGGAUUUUUGUUCCAGAAAGUCGGAAAGCUUGCAGCAACUGCAGUAGGUGGUGGCUUUCUUCUGCUUCAAAUUGCUAGUCAUAGUGGAUAUGUACAAGUUGAUUGGAAGAGAGUUGAAAAAGAUGUCAACAAAGCAAAAAAACAGUUAAAAAAGCGUGCAAAUAAGGCAGCACCCGAAAUCAAUACUCUAAUUGAAGAGUCAACAGAGUUUAUCAAACAGAACAUCGUGGUGUCCAGUGGAUUUGUUGGAGGCUUUUUGUUAGGCCUGGCAUCGUAAGGACCUGAUUCCUGUCUUCCCAAUGACAUUUGCGUCGGUGAACAACAGUUGUGGUGACGCGCUGUCUCCAAGCAGUGUGGGUCACUGGGCCUUCCAGAGCCGGACGAGUGGACUAGCUAGGCAACGUGGAAGCUUUUACAUUUCAGGCUUUUGCCUCUUGAAGCUUGGCAAAACUAGGAUUUGCUGAAAAACUGUGCAAUGUGCUCAUUAUAGCAUUUCUGGGCAAAACUGGUUCAUCUUCAUCAUGACUCUUUUUUAUCUAUGGCCUUUCAAGAUCUAGCAUUUUUUUAAAUGUUGUUCUUGGAAUAUAGAGAUGUAACCAUACUGUAAGAAAGAGAGCUCCAUUUCUAUGUUUUCAGUUGAAUAUUGUUUAUUUUAAAAAUAUUUUUCUUCAUGCUGUAGUAGGUGGUAUCAAUGACUACAUAAUGUAUAUGAUAUUGUAGUUUCAGCCUCAUGGCUGUCCAUGUUCUUUAGAAGUCACUGCAAUAAUCUAUCAACCUGUAAUACCUUUUUACAGAGUAUUAAAUAACAGAAUCAUGAGCUUAUUAAAGGUGAGAAUUAACAUUGGCUCUGGCCUUUGUGUACACAGAAAAUAAGAAGAUCUCGGGUUUACAGCCUGCAGGCAUCUGGUACAAAUAUUUGCAGAGAUACUUGUGAUACUCUUUUUUUUUUUGUGCUAAGAAAGUGGAUACACAUGUGGUUUUUCCCAGGUGUGUAGACACGUGGGGACUCCUUGCUGAAACUGCAGUAUGCAGGUACUCGUUGCCAGCGCAGACUCCUCAGCGAUCUGAUGGUGAAUUGUUUUACGCUCAGUAAGCCACAUCAGUCGUGUCAGACUUCAGUGGCUGGUGGGAUGAAGAGAUGGAUGGGGCGUCUCUCCAAGCAUGGUGCAAUUGUUGGUGGUUCUUUGGGUCUGAUGAGAUGUCAUUUGGCCGUGUCUUAGCAAAAUGAGGGCUCCUCUUACAGUCCGUCAGCUGCAAAUGAUACUUGCUUUGAUACUCACCUCUGUGGCCGUGAUGUUCUCCACAACUCAGAACUUUUUUGGCUUUUUUUCAGUUGUCACUAGAUUGUCACUAGAAAAUGUCACUAGACAUUUUCACUGUCUUGAGUGUCAGCUAUGGAAGCACGAGGGUACAGAUUGGUUUCAGUUAGGUUAUUAGAAGAGUGUCUAUUUCUUCUGAAGCCUGGGAGAGCAAAUGGGAUUUAAUCUUUGCUGCCUCUGCCUUUGGCAGAUCAAAGCAGGAAGCGAAUUCUUGAGGAGAUCGGAGGCAUGAGCUGGAAGGGCUAGAAAAUCUUUUCUCAAGUAGGUUUUAAGGUGGCCUUGGUGAUGUGUUACUAGGUUACUCUGAAGAGGUUGAGAAUCCAAACAAAUGUUUAAUGCAUUUUUCUGCAUUUUAAGCUUGCGAACCUCUUAGAAGUUUCUUCCCAAGAAGGACCAUUUACUCUGCCCCAAUUUCUGUUUUUCCCUGUACCAUGGUGCCAGUUAAUGUGAAAUGGACUCUGUCCCACACGAGUUCCCUUGGUUUCAGCUGUCUGAACAACUGUAGAGAUUCUUCAGAAUCUGAUGGAUGGAUGGAUGUGAACUUGGGCUGAACAUCCAUCAGUUGGGCUGUACGUGCAAGGUGUUUGAUGUAGUAACUCGGUAUCUAGAUUGGCUCAUUGGUGGACUUCAGAGGUCUGCAGUGCAUGUUGACUUCAUCUCUACAUGCUUCUGGCCAAAGUAAGCAAGUUGAGAAGCACGUCAUGCAGACCUGUGAGGUUAAAGGGUUUUGUUAAGCUAAAGCCUGUUUAAUAAAAAAUAACACCGCUGCCUCCCAAACCAAAGCUCCAAAACCAAGGACCUUAAAUAGCCACAAGCAAAGUGUUAGCAUCCUAAAUAUUUAGUUUCAAGGUGAGUACCUAAAGCUAUGUAAACGCAGUUGUUGCAGUUCUUUGGAAGUAGGAAGCCUGAUGAGGAACGUGCAUACUGGGCCAUCUGGGAUUUGAAGAAAAAUUUAAGGUGAAAAUGUUAAAAUAUGAAAGUUUCUUUGCCUUAGUGUUCAGCCCAAAGGAUACUUGGAAGAUAACCACUGAGCUCUUUCCUGCUGAUGAAGCUGAUGGAUUUUUGGCACGUCAAAAGAGUUGCUGAGGCCAAUGGACAUGAGUUCCCCACCCUGAUGGGAAUGAGUUUGGCCAUUCCGAAGGGCUUUAGGAAUGGAGUGACCACCUCAGUGACAAGAGCCCAACUUGCAUUUUUUAAAAAGUCUCUCUGUGAAAGGAUUUCAAGGGAGUGUCUUUUAGCGUGCUUGCUAACAAGGCUGUUUGUGUGACCAAAGAAUGUACUUCACAGUUAAAAGCAGAAUUAAAAAAAACAACCACAAAAAUACCCAACAGCUACAGUAGUAUGCAGGAUUGAUUUCUGCAGAGGAAAGUUCUGCUUAUUCUGUUGACAUUAUUGGAGAUUCUUGGUAAGGCAAUGAAUAAAGAACUGGACGAAUUAA